AUGUGAACGGACCUUUUGUCAAUGAAUACGUCUGUCACCGAUAUUUAGUGAAGUGAAUGUGUUGUUCAAAGUACAAGUUACAGAAGCGAGUUUGUGAUUAAUCAUGGAAUUUGCCUUGAAUUUUUGAUAGUACUUAACGAUCAAAUUCAAAUUAAGAAUGAUUCAUUUGCAGUCUUCCUAAACUAGACAAAAACUUAUUCGACAAUUAUGUGUAUUCAAGAGAACAUAUGAGUAAUAACAGGACUUAAAAUUCCAUGAUUGCUUUAAACAAUGGAAGAAGAUGAUGAAGAAGUUUCUCUUACAAGCGUUCAACAACGAAAAAGCAGUGUUCCUGGAUUGAGCUUAUAUCAUUCUGCACGAAACAGUAUAAGUCAAGAUUCGAGUCAAACUUUCUAUCAGAGUGUUCGUAAUACCAUAUAUGACGAUGCCAUAAGUAUGGACAGUAUGCACAGUGCUGUUUCUGUGGAUAAUCUUCAAUCUACACAUACAGAUGAUUCCUCUACUAUAAAUAAUGAAACACACGAAACAAUUAUAGAUGGUUCCUAUACAGAUACAAGAAAUAAUGUACAUGAUUCAAGAUUGUUUUCUCAUUCCAGUACGAAGUACAGUUUAUUUUUUCAUGAUGAAAUACGCUCAGUUGAUUUUGUACUUGUAUGGGAUGAGUAUUGUGGAGAAGCACAAACUUAUCGUAGUGUUGAGCACAGAAGAAUAUUUGAAAAAAAUUUAAUGAAGGAAGGAGUAGAAUUAGAAUAUGAGCAAGCAGAAUCAAACGGUUUGCAUUUUAUAAAAGUUCACGCACCAAAAGAAGUGCUGCGACGAUACGCUGAAAUACUGAAACUCAGACUGCCAAUGAGGGAAUUUUCCGGUUGCAAGAUGCCCGAGCCAAAUAGCAAUAUUAUCACAAAAGUCAAUUCAUUUUUUCGUCGAAUUAUGACCAAGUAUUAUGUCGACACAACCAUUUUUCCAACAAAGAAGCAGAACUUCACAGCAGUAUACAGUAGAGAUAAAGAAUAUUUAUUUGAUUUGGAUUCGCCCAAUUUGUUUACAUCUGCAACUCGAUCGCGCAUUGUACAGUUUAUAUUAGACAGAACUAAAUUCACCGAUACUAAGGAAGAUGAUUUUGCAUUUGGCAUCGAAAGAUUGAUAUCCGAAAGUGCAUAUGUUGCUGCAUAUCCACUCCAUGAUGGAAAUCUACAAACUCCAGACUCAAUGCGAUAUCUUUUGUAUAAAGAAUGGGCCAGUUUGAGAAAAUGUCUUCAUUAUCAACCGUUGGACUACAUAAAAGAGUAUUUCGGAGUGAAGAUCGGACUUUAUUUCGCCUGGUUGGGAUUCUACACUCACAUGUUGAUUCCAGCCAGUAUUGUUGGUCUUCUAUGUUUUAUAUACAGUUGCGCUACUUUAUAUGACAAUGAACCGAGUGAAGAUAUUUGUAAUGGCAAUGGCACCAUAUAUAUGUGUCCAUUAUGUGAUCGCGUUUGUGAAUAUUGGGACCUGAAGGAGACUUGUUUACAUUCGAGAAUUACAUAUUUGUUCGAUAAUCCAUCCACAGUGUUCUUCUCUAUAUUUAUGUCACUGUGGGCUACAUUGUUCCUUGAAUUAUGGAAGAAAUAUUCCGCUGAAAUAACACACAGGUGGGAUGUGACUGGUUUAGAUGCUCAAGAAGAAUUUCCUAGGCCACAGUACUUAGCACGACUUGCACAUAUAAAAAAAAAAUCUAUCAACAUUAUUACUAACACAGAGGAGCCAAAGGUGCCAUAUUGGAAGAUGCGAUUACCUGCCACAAUUCUCAGUUUUUCAGUUGUUUUACUUUUGAUAGCUGUAGCCAUGGCUGCGGUACUUGGGGUAGUUUUAUACAGAAUGUCUGUUCUAACUGCAUUAAGUAUUUCUGGGCAUCCAAUGAUAAACAGUUAUGCCAUAUUGUUUACUACUGCUACUGCUGCAACUAUCAAUCUCUGUUGCAUUAUUGUGUUUAAUUGGAUGUAUGUUUGGUUGGCAGAAUAUUUAACAGAGAUUGAACUUAAUCGUACUCAGACAGAGUUUGACGAUAGUUUAACUCUUAAAAUUUACUUAUUGGAAUUUGUCAAUUAUUAUGCGUCCAUAUUUUAUAUCGCAUUUUUCAAAGGGAAAUUUGUUGGCUAUCCGGGAAAUUAUAAUCGGUUUUUCGAUUUUCGACAAGAGGAAUGCGGACCGGGCGGUUGUCUCUUAGAAUUGUGCAUUCAGCUGAGUAUAAUUAUGAUCGGCAAACAAGCAAUGAACACUAUCUUAGAAAUGCUUUUUCCGUUAUUUUAUAAAUGGAUGAAUACGUUAAGAGUUCACGUUGGCGCGAAAAAGUUGAAAGAUCACGAGAGAAGAUACUCGUCCAGAAAGUUUUUGCAAUGGCUGAGAGAUUACAAAUUGGUCCAAUGGGGACCUAGAAGCCUCUUCCCCGAAUAUUUAGAAAUGGUGCUACAAUAUGGAUUUGUCACGAUUUUCGUAGCUGCCUUCCCACUAGCACCAUUUUUCGCAUUGCUUAAUAAUGUUUUCGAGAUGAGACUGGACGCAAAGAAGUUGCUAACUUUAUACAGAAGACCAGUUGGACAGCGUGUUAGAGACAUAGGCAUAUGGUAUCGCAUUCUCGAUUCCAUUUCAAAAUUAUCUGUUAUCACCAACGCAUUCAUCAUAGCUUUUACUUCAAACUUUAUACCAAGACUAGUUUAUCGUAUAACAGUCUCCGACAAUUACUCAUUGGAGGGUUUUCUAGAACAGUCUUUGUCAAAAUUCGACACUAGCGAUCUGAAAAAUGGCACUCAGCCAAAAGUGGGUCAAGUUGAAGUCAAGAUUUGCCGCUAUCCAGAUUAUAGAGAGCCACCAGAGUCAUCAAACAAGUACGAGUAUACCAUCAUGUUCUGGCAUGUACUAGCGGCUAGAUUAGCUUUUGUCGUCGUUUUCGAGAAUGUCGUAGCACUUGUAAUGAUCUUCGUACAAUGGUGCAUUCCUGAUAUGAGUCCAAAAUUACGUGACAAGAUACGCCGCGAAGCAUACAUUACUAAUGAAAUUAUAAUACAUCAAGAGGCGCUACGGGCUUGCGAAAGACCUCAGGUUGAUAGUGUAGAACCGAGAGUCACACAAACAUACGUAGUUGCCAAUGAAAGCAGCGGCAGGUGGAACAGAGUCAUGAGAAAUUCUUUAUCGACUUCUGAGUUCGAUUUAGAAGUUCACGGGAGCCCCGUCUCGCCUGCCGAUACAGCUCCACGUAUCAGUCCUGCUGCUGUCUGAUAAUUAUUAAGAAGUUAAAAUUUGCGGAUAUUAUUAGACUUUUUAACUGACAGAUCAGUGCAACAAAUUUGUCGUCUUUAAAUAUAAUAGUUAUAGUUUUUACGAGAUCUUUAUUAGUUACAGACUAGAGAAAUAGAAUUAUCAAUUACAUAUUAAUUAUAAUAGCAUUUGUUAUGAUUUCGGUACAGUUUAUCUUUGUUACUGAAAGAAACUUUUUUUUUUUUUACAUAAAAUGAUCUAAUGGAGACGAUAAAUUAUAUUGCACUAAUCUGAUAUUAUCGUGAUUUUUAGCUAGUCGUUAUGUAAACUUGUCCUUGAAGAGAUCUGACAAAAUAUUGUUGAAAGUAAUAUAAAUAUAGUUUUUUUUGACUAUAAUAUAAUAAAUGCCUCUACAAUGUUACGUGCUAUAUAUAUUAUAUAUAUACAUAUACUUUUAUAACAAAAUCUCAUUAAUUUUAUAAACUUUACAGAACUUUACAGAACUAUUUGAAGCUGAUCAUAGGAGAUUUAAUAUAUAUUAUAUUAAAUUACAGAGAGAGUAGAUUUUUCUACAGGAUAUUAUCGCAACAUGAUAUAUUUAUUAUAGGUAGAUAGAUUGGUAGAUUGGUGCUAGAGCGUAGUCAUGUUGGACUAGUCGCGAUAACGACAAAUAACUAUUUAAUAAUGUACGGACUCUUCUGUCUUUGACAAGUCGGGAUCGGAUUCCCACUUUAUUUUUGGUUUUUCUCUCUCCAAUAGAUAACUACAAUAAGAUUACAGAGGAAAUGUUCAAGAAUGCGGAAGAUAAGAAUAAAGAAGUUUGAGAGAUUGUGAAUAUUUAUUAACACAUAUGAUAUAUUAUACAUCUUUUUUAUAAAAUUCUAUUAUUUUUAUACAAAUUAUAAAACAAGUUCACUUUACAUAUAAUUCUUAUGUCAUAACUAUAAUUAUUGAGCAAUGUAUUUGCUAAUAUAUAUUAUAUACACACUAAUGUAUUAUCUACUUUUAAUGGUUGAUUGGUUUAAAAUAUAUCCUUUAUUAUUCAAAGA